AACAUUUCACUAUCAUUACAAAGGAAGGAGAAUAUCAUGAAAACGCUCGUUUCGGAUCUCAAUGAAGCAGAGGAACAACAUCUUAUGGCCUUACGAUCUCAUUUACAAAAUGUAGAUACUUUAAUAGACUUACAAAACCAACGAUUACGCAAACUGAAAACUGACUAUGAAACAGAAAUGAAGUAUUUGGUAGAAGAGUUUGAAAAAGAGGAGAACUAUAUUACACAACAGCAUGAGAAACAAAUCAAUGAUUUAAAAAAUAUUUUCGUUGCACUGGAUUCCACAUAUACAGCGAAGAUAAAUGAGGCCAUUAUCGAUCAAAAUAGUCUAAAGGAUGACUUGAAAAAUAGAAGCCUAGAAGAUAAACAUACAUUGAGAAUAAGUUUAGAAGCCAAAGUCAAUAGUCUAUGGUCUGAAUUCAAACAAGCUUCAGCUCAAUAUACAACAACAACAAACGAAAAAAAAUCCUUCUUUGAAAAUUUAAAAGCAAAAGAUGAACGUUCUGCCACUGAAAUUCAACAUCAUAUAAAUAAAAUACAAAAAAUCAAUGAGAAUAUUGCUUCAACCAAACGUCGUAUGAUGAAAGUUGCUAAAGAAUAUGAAGAGAAAAAUCGUAAAUUAAGAGAAGAACGUGAUAAGUUAAUUGUACAAUUUCAAAUGUUAAAGAUACAAAUUAAUAAAUCACGCGAAAUACAACAUAAAAAUUUGAUUAAAAUGUCACUUGAAAGUGGAGAAGCAAUAAAAAAGGUUCAGUAUUUAUUGGAUAAAGCUGAGAAAAUUAUCAAACUAGGCGAACAGUGUAGAAAGUAUGAAACAGAAGAAGAGAAAGUUGUGCCAUUUUAUGCAUCAAGUUUAACUGCUGAAGAAGAGAAAGCGGUUCAAGAAUUUUAUGAAAAUGAAACUGAUGAAGAAAUUUCAAAGAUAUUAAAACGAUGCAUUCCACUGGAAAUGUUUUGGAGACGAUUUAACAAAGUUCAAUUGGAUCGACUAGCCAUUGCUAAGGAACACAAUAUGUUGGAGCAAGAAAAUCUUCAAUUAAAAUUAUUAUUAAAACAAUAUUUAGAUGGUAUAUCGAUAAGUAAUGAAGUAGUAACUGGUGAUAAUUCAUUGCUUGUUAUAAAUGGACGUUCAAAUGUUAGGCAAUUAAGCAUAGCAAACGACCCACGAAUCAAAAUGAUACCAACUGGAGAGAAUACAAACGAUGGUAAUGCUUCAAAAGAGAUAAUAAACUAUGCCACUACACCAACCACAGUCGACUAUAGAGUUAAACAAACAAUUUAAUGAAUGAACAAUUUCAAAAUGAUAUGAAAUAAGAAAAUCAAUGAGAUAAUUUAUUCUUUUUGAAAAAUCUUAUUACCUGUAAAUUCAUUGUCCAG